CGCUCGCCGUGCCAAAUGCCGCCGCCCAUGGCGCUCUCCAUCUCCUCCUCGACCACCACCCUCCCGCCCUUCCCCGCGCGCCACCGCCACCUCCUCCACCCCUCCGCCACCCCCGCGCCCCGCGUCCUCCGCGGCCGCGUGUUCUCCACGGGCUACGCCGCCAGCUUCUACGGCGGCGCGGCGGGGAUGCGCACCCGCAGCCGCGACAACGAGGAGGUCGGGGACGAGGACGUGGACGGGUCAUCCUCCGGCUUCGGCGGCGGGCUCGGGAUGUCGGCCUCCGAGGCGGCGCUGGCGCUGGAGGAGCGCGAGAUGCCGCCCUGCCCGCCCGGCCUGCGCCAGUACGAGUCCAUGAUCGUGCUCCGCCCCGACAUGUCCGAGGAGGAGCGCCUCGCCCUCAUCCAGCGCUACGAGGAGCUGCUUGUUGCCGGGGGCGCCAUGUACGUGGAGGUCUUCAACCGGGGGGUCAUCCCGCUAGCCUACAGCAUCAGGAAGAGGAACAGCAGGACCGGGCUGCCCUUCACCUUCUACGACGGCAUAUACCUCCUCUGGACGUACUUCACCAAGCCCGAGUCCGUGGACGCGCUCCAGCUGAAGGUCAACGCUGAUGAUGACGUCAUCCGCUCGACCAGCUUCAAAGUCCGCAAGAGAAGAGUUUACUAGAAUCAGUUGUCAAAUUCGUUUCCUCUGGACUGGACUGAAAGCACUCAAGGCUUCAGGUUUUGGUUUGUGUUUAUAUCAUACGAGAAUGCUACUGCCGCCUUUGGUGUAGAUUUAUGGCUUCUCUUGCUGUUGUUGAGAGGAAUCCUACCCUUUGAUGUGUUUAUAUUCUAGAAAAUUUCGUU